GAGUUACAGAAUGAACUAGGCUGGUAUAAAAUACAGCUUAGAGAAGUCUGGAGAUAACGCCAAGAAACUAUCGCGGUUGAUACACUGGCACAGGCAGCAUUAAUUUGGCAGAGGACGAAUACAGAAAUUAACAUCAAAUGGAGACGACAACGCAAGACCUGAGUAACUUCACGCGUCCUGUUGGAUUUUACAUCAGGGGAUUCUACGCUCUCAAACACACGGAAUAUUACUUUAUAUUUCUGGCGGUCAUGUAUGUCUUGACGCUUGUGGCAAAUUUAACGCUGAUGUUUAUCAUAUGGUUUGCAGAAACCCUCCACACACCGAAAUACAUGGCGGUGUUCAGCCUGGCCGUGGUAGAUCUGAGUUUCAGCUCGGCUCUGAUCCCGAAAGCCGUCCACAUGUAUCUGUUUGACUCUAAAUUCAUGUACUUCAAUGCAUGCUUGGCGCAAAUGUUUUUCGUUGAUUAUUUUGCUUCGAUGGAAGCAUUCUCUCUGUGCGUUUUAGCUUAUGACCGGCUCAUUGCCAUCUGUUUCCCCCUAAGAAGCAAUUCGUUGAAUACAAAAUGUACAAUGAUGGUAAUUAUCAUUGUGUCUUGGUCUAUUCCGUUAGUAAUAGACGUGGUCAUGGUCGCGCUGAUUCCGCCUUUGCCAUAUUGCAAGUCAACUGUAGUGAACAGCUUCUUUUGCGACCAUGGUCCAGUGUUUAAGAUAGCUUGUGGGGAUUAUUCUCCUAACUGGUUUAUGGCUGGUUUUACCACAGUCUCAAUGUACUUUGUGCCCUUUGGAUUUAUUGCACUGACAUAUAUAUUUAUUAUUUAUGCAAUUUUGAACAUCGCGUCCUCGGAGGGCAGAUGGAAGGCAUUCAGAACUUGCAGUUCCCAUUUAUUACUGGUGGGUAUGUUUUUCGUGCCGUUUUUUGUGACUUAUGUCAUUGCCUGGGUUAACAUUAAUAUCGACACGGACACAAGAAUUAUUAAUACUUCACUGUCCGCUUCCAUCCCUCCGCUCCUCAAUCCGAUCAUUUAUUCCCUCAAAACAGAAGAAAUUAUGGAGCAAAUUAAAAAGAUUCUCGGUAUGAAAACCCCAACUAGGUCGGUGUGACUGACUGCGUGAUAGUUGUCUCACAGCUCACAAGAUAGUUAUGUUGUGCGCAUAAUAUUUAAUCGUCAGCGCACAAGGAAUUAUGUGUACAUUAGAUAAUCAUGGUAUUGAGCACACUUACGUGAACAUGGCGCGGAACACGGCUCAUAAAGUAAUACUUCAAUCUUGACAUUCUUGUUACACCGCGAUAAUGUUACCCUUAUAUUCGAUAUUGAGUUUUAUUGUCACAAAACCAAUGACAAAGACAAGAAACUGUCUUUGUUCAUUUGUCCAAACUCCGGGAAAAUCCUUUAAAAACUAAUUGUGUAUCGUUGCCCAUUGGGUAAAAACCAAGAUGUUCUCGAAUGAAUCGACUAAGGUUGUAUACUAAAUGUAUAAUUAUUUUUGAAAUGUGCAAAAUAUUUAUAAAAUAUAUUUGCCUUUGUAUAUUUACAAAAGAUUUAGAAUACACAUGCUUUAAAUACAAGGUUAAAACUAUUUAUCAAUAUAGGGUAAAGUCGCA